AUGCGUCCGUGUGCGAUCGUGCUGCACCGCGGCACCAUGUCGGCGAGUGUGCGGCCUCUUCUCGGAACAGCACUUCGCAGCGCGUCGUCUCGCCGCCAGAUGCAGUUUGUCGUGUCGACCGGCGCAGGCCAUGCCGCUGGCGUCGCUGUCUCCGCUCUGGGUGAGCAACGGCGCACUCAGUACGCGCAGAUGCCGGGCAAGCGUGAGCAGGAGGCCUUCCUUACGCAGUUCGACCCGCUAGAGGUGCUUGACCUACCGUCGGACAGCACGGUGGAGGACAUCGAUGCUGCCUUUGAAAAGGCGAAGGCCAAGUACGGCCCCAACGGGAAGUACCCUGAUGCCAAGAUGGUAGACCGUGUCUUCCAAGCCCACGAGAUCUUGAAGGAUCCGGACUCGCCAUACUAUCUCAAGGCACACAGCAGCCAGACGGAUCGUCAGCGCCUGCAGUUCCAGCUGCUCCCCAAGUCCAAGCGCCGCUUAGUUGAGUUUCAGGUGUGCCUCUUGAUGCUGAUUGUCUUCGGUGUGGCUGUGCUCGUCAUACGGCUUGUGCUGCGCCCCAUGAACCGCUCCAUUCGUGCGGCAACGCGCUAA